AUUCCAUUUUUAGCACGGUCUUUUUCACGUCAUUUAAUGAGGGGAGGCAGGGAGUCUGCCUGUGUUUUGUUUUUUGUAACGCCAGGGGCCAUUUUUAUUUUUUUUCUAAGUUUAAAAUUUAAGUUUCCACUUUUUCUCCCGUGUUAUUUCCAUUUUUCUCGAAUCACAACGUCAUCAGGAGGACUCUUUCGGGAGGAAGAUCCAACGUUAACAACAGAUCAUCGGGGUUUAUCGUUCAAUCCAAACCCUAGAGACUCCGCGCUUCGUUUCUAGGGUUUUUGUGUUUUUUUUUUUUCAUCUCUCUCACCCUCGCGGAUCCCAGGUCUCUUUCCCCAUUGUAAGUUUGUCUUCGCUUUUCCUUCUGCAAUUCAUCGGUCUCUUCGUGCGCCACUCUUGUUUUCUCAAAUUUUUAUUUGAAAUUACUUUCAGAGCGUUGGAUUUCGAUUCUAUAGUUCGAGUUUUGAGCUAUGAGCCUUUGAUUUUGAGGUUUCGUGGGGUUGUGUUGUUGAAUUGUGAGAAUGGCUGUGUUCUGAGGCGUUUCGAAGGUGGGAACUUCUUCAAUUGGUUUGCGGAAGAGUCUGGGCUGGGGGUUCGGGGUUAGAGUUAGAUUUUGUAGAUAUGAUCAAACAGAUACUCGGGAGGCUUCCUCGAAAACCUUCCAAGUCCUCGCACAAUGGUACGAACAACAGUGAAGGAGGGGUCGCGUCGAUGAAUUCAUCUCAAGGGCAUAAUUUGAAUUCUUUUGGUUCGGGUCCUAACAACUACUCGAAGAGCAAUUCGGCUUCAAAGUCUUUGAAUUUUGGGACAGGGGCCUCUCGGUUCAGCAAUGGAACUGUUGCCCAGCACUCGUCUAAUGUGGUUAAGUCAAAUCAAGGGAAGAAAGCGGCUGCGGCUGCUGCUGCACAGGUGGGUGCGGUGAUGGCUUCUGCAGCGUCAUAUGAGGCUCUCCCAAGUUUUCGGGAUGUGCCAAGCUCAGAAAAGGGGAAUCUUUUUAUUAGGAAGCUGAACAUGUGUUGUGUUGUGUUUGAUUUUAACGAUCCCUCAAAGAAUCUUAGAGAGAAGGACAUAAAGCGGCAGACUUUGCUUGAGCUUGUAGACUAUGUUUCAUCUGUAACUUCAAAGUUCAACGAAGUUACGAUGCAGGAGAUUACAAAGAUGGUGGCUGCAAAUUUGUUCCGAGUCUUUCCGUCACCUAACCAUGAUACCAAGGUCCCUGAAAUGUAUGACCCAGAAGAGGAGGAACCGACAAUGGAACCUGCAUGGCCUCAUCUUCAAAUUGUUUAUGAAUUUCUACUUAGAUUUGUGGCUUCUUCGGAGACUGAUGCUAAACUUGCUAAGAGAUUCAUUGACCAUUCAUUUGUCUUGAGAUUGCUUGACUUGUUUGAUUCUGAGGACCAAAGAGAGAGGGAGUACUUAAAGACAAUCCUCCACCGUAUCUAUGGGAAGUUCAUGGUGCAUAGGCCAUUUAUUAGAAAAGCAAUCAACAAUAUCUUCUACAGGUUCAUCUUUGAGACGGAGAAGCACAAUGGGAUUGCAGAGUUGCUUGAGAUACUGGGCAGUAUAAUUAAUGGAUUUGCCUUGCCUUUGAAGGAAGAGCAUAAGCUGUUCCUUGUCCGUGCCUUGAUUCCCCUCCACAAGCCCAAGUGCGUAUCAAUGUACCACCAGCAGCUUUCAUAUUGCAUCACUCAGUUUGUGGAGAAAGAUUUCAAGCUAGCUGACACAGUGAUUAGAGGUCUUUUGAAAUACUGGCCAAUAACUAAUAGUUCAAAGGAGGUUAUGUUCCUCGGUGAAUUGGAAGAAGUCUUAGAAGCGACUCAGGCUGCAGAAUUCCAGCGCUGCAUGGUACCCUUGUUCCGUCAGAUUGGUCGCUGCCUCAACAGCUCACACUUUCAGGUAGCUGAACGUGCUCUGUUCCUGUGGAACAAUGAUCACAUAAGAAAUCUGAUCACACAAAACCGCAAGGUGAUACUCCCUCAAAUAUUUCCAGCUUUGGAGAAAAACACGAGGAGUCACUGGAAUCAAGCUGUUCAAAGCCUGACACUUAAUGUGAGAAAGAUAUUUUCUGAUGCUGAUCAAGCCCUUUUUGAUGAGUGCUUGGUCAAAUUCCAAGAAGAUGAACUCAAGGAAAAGGAGGUGCAAGAGAAGCGGGAACUAACAUGGAAACGACUGGAAGAAUUGGCAGCCUCCAAGGCCGUCAGCAACGAGGCUGUGCUUGUCUCGAGAUUUGCUUCUUCUGUUGCCAUUGUGACCAGUCCGCGAACAACAACAGCAGGUGGUUGAGAACAUUCAGCAUAUGCUUGCGAGAGUUUGCCCUCUUCAGCUAUGGUUGAGUGAUACAGGUUGGGACCCAACAGGUGCAGUUCUGGAUUGUUUAGCCCCUCCCCCUUGGGUUUCUCUUGUCAUGACCCUGCCUGCCUGAUGUGAAAAAUGAAGGUGGGGUUCUGUGGAUAUUGAGGUUGCUUUGUUCCCCCCGGGAAUCUCUUCUUGGGUUCCUAGAUUACCCCACACAUUCUCUUUUUCUUAUUUCUCUCCGGCCAUGGAGGUGUAAGUGUGUGUAUCAUAAGGGAAUUGGUUUAUAGAGCUAGUGUUUCUUAAGAUUUCCGAGCUGAUAAUAUUUAUUGUGUAAUGCAAAAGAGAUUGUUCC